UGCGCAAACUCUCUGGCGUCAUGGCGCAAAACAAGCGUGAUUUUUUGCUGAAUGUAUUAGUCGUAGGAUUUCAUCAUCAGAAAGGUUCACAAGUAGAGUUUUCUUAUCCACCAAUUAAAGGGUCUCUACCAUCAUCGUGGAAGUACCUUCCAUAUCUUGCUAUACCAGAUGGAGCACACAGAAGUGAACAGGGUUUUGUCUACUUUACUUUACCGGAAGGUAAGGAUGAUGAUGCGCCAUUGUUUGGAGAACGGAAGCUGUUUGCUGUAGCUUGUUAUGGACAAUUGGCUACACAGGAUCUGAUGUACAAAGACAAGGAACAGACGAGGGCUACUGUACUAAAGAGUGUUGUAGUUUUAUCUAGAAGGCCGUGUUAUGGAUUUAUUAAGGCAAAGUUGUCACUUGUCACCGAAGUUUACUUUGCACAGAAGAAUUUUUCAGAAACGAAGGUUUUAGAGGAGUUUUAUGAAAAUAUGAAUCAGAAUUCAAAGGAAUCACAUGACAUCAAGUCAUACUGCUUUUAUGUUGGUGUAACCAUUCAGCCGCUAGUUCGACUCUUCAGACGUAAACUGCUCGUUAUAUUCAAGCUGUUGAUGCUAGAGCAGAGGGUGUUGUUUUAUGGAUUUCCAGCUGGAGCUGUCAGUGAAAUGCUGAUAUCUGUUGUUUCGUUGUUUCCUGGUGAGACAGUUGUUCUGACGUGUUUUGUGCAUGCUGUUUAUGUGGACUGUGUAAUGAAUGGCCCUUUUCGGAUGUGUAUGAGAUUGGGCUCUUUUGUGGUUUGAAAUGUUCACAGCAAUUUGUUUUUGCUAUUUGGUUUAGUUGCUCAUAAGAUCAAUGACUCAUGAACUGAUGGUUUGUGUGCAUGCACUUGCAUAUGCUCACUUGCAAACAAAGCAGUCGCAGUCUGCUG